AUGGCGGGACUGAUCCCUCUUCAUCUACGUAUUCUGCAGGAAGCAGCAAUACAAUCCGUCAAGGUUUUGAAAAAACCUUUCAUCCUAUUUGAUGAACUUUUCACACCAUUGCACUAUGAACAACCCUCACAACAUUUGGAUGUGCAUCCAGUCCUUCAAGGAACAGGACUUCGGAUUUUCCUUAAGGACGUAACACUGCCACCUAUCCCAAGCAUUCAAUAUUACACUGAUGGAUCUAAAAUAGAUCAACAGACAGGCUGUGCCCUUGUAGCCUUUCAUAAUGGUCAGUCAAUUUAUCAGUGGCUGGGUCAUCUCCAUGGAAAUAAUAGUGUAUUUCAAGCGGAGGCCCUAGCCAUCCUCAAAGCAGUUCAACACUGUAAAACAAGUGGUGCUAUGGAGGCAAUAAUUAUCACUGAUAGUCUUUCGUCGCUUCAAGCGAUUCAAAACCCCAGACAUUCUUCUUCGCUUAUCUCGGACAUCCAAUGUGAACUUCGUAAUCAAGUGGGAAAUAACAUCACGCUAGCUUGGACUAAGGGCCAUGCUGGGGAUCACGGUAAUACUUUGGCAGAUAAGUUAGCCAAAUCAGCUGCCGAAAAUACCGAUGCCGAGGCUGAAGAAGUGAUUCUUAAGUGGCCAACAUCUCACUUAAAACGAGCUCUUCUUUUAAAAGUUAUAUCCCAAUGGCAACUAGAAUGGGAUACUGAUGAAACCGGUCGACGAACGUACAAUCAUAUUACGUAUGUGGAUCAAUGUCGUCAGAUAACAAAUCAUCAACUAGUAAGAUAUAUCUCGGGGCAUGGUCCAUUUCCAAGCUACUUUUACAAGCAUGGAAUUGCAAAUAGUGAAUAUUGUGUCUGCGGAACUCUAGGCAUACCUGAACAUUAUAUUACUACAUGCCCGUUAACGGAGGAAUUUCACAUUCCUUUCCCUGUGGAUAAUCAACUAGCAUUUA